UUAAAACCAGCCCAGAGCCUGCACCUCCCUCUCUGCUGGGUCCUGGUGGGGCAGGAGCAGCUGUCUGCACCCACUGCUGCACUCCUCUGUCAGACUAAUGAGAGGGAAGCAGGCAGUGUGACGAUAUACCCCGCGUAUUCACAUGAGAGAAGUGAAGAAAUCCAGCAGUGAAGAUGAAAAGCCACUGGAAAAUUACAGCUUUCUUUUACCUGUGUAGUUUUCUCUGGUCUUUCAUCUCAGCCACCAUCCAGCACCAAUCAAGACUACCAGUUAUUCUGGGUGCCAGUCACAGAAUUGAUAUCUGCCCAACAAUCAGGAUUGGCCAAGAUGACUUACCAGGCUUUGACCUGAUUUCUCAGUUUCAAAUAGAAAAAGCUGCUUCCCAAGGAAUUAUAGAGAGAGUAGUGGGAUCCACUUCUCUACAAGUAGCUUAUAAAUUGGGACCCAAUGUAGACUUCAGGAUACCAACCAGUGCCAUAUAUUCCAAUGGAUUGCCUGAUGAAUAUUCCUUUCUAACUACUUUUCGGAUGACUGGGGCCACGCUUCAGAAAUACUGGACUAUUUGGCAGAUUCAGGAUUCUUCAGGAAAAGAACAAGUUGGAGUGAAUCUCAAUGGUCAAGUGAAAAGCGUUGAGUUUUCUUAUAAAGGAGCAGAUGGAAAGCACCAAACAGCAUCAUUUUUACAUUUGCCUUUCUUGUUUGACUCCCAAUGGCACAAGCUUAUGAUUAUUGUGGAAGCAAACAGUGUCACACUUUUUAUUGACUGUAUUAAAAUAGAAUCCUUAAACAUAAAGCCAAAAGGGAAAAUCAACACUGAUGGCUUUGCUGUGCUUGGAAAACUUAAAAAUAAUCCUCAGAUUUCAGUUCCGUUCGAGAUCCAGUGGAUGGUGAUCCACUGCGACCCCCUGAGACCCCAGCGCGAAGGCUGCGGCGAGCUGCCGGCUCGGGUGAGANCCCGGCGGCUGGCUAGAGGCCCCCCUGGUCCACCAGGCCCCCCAGGUCCUCCAGGGCCACCAGGAGUUCCCGGUAUUGAUGGCAUUGAUGGGGAGAGAGGCCCAAAGGGCCCCCCUGGUCCACCGGGUCCAGAUGGGGAUGCAGGCAAACCAGGAUCCCCUGGGCUGCCUGGAGAGCCGGGAGCUGAUGGAUUCACAGGACCUGAUGGCUCACGGGGAGCCCCAGGACCAAAAGGACAGAAGGGGGAGCCAGGACUGCCAGGUGCUCGUGGACUUCCAGGCAAGGGCCUUCUUGGACCACCUGGUCCAGCUGGUGCAGCAGGACUUCCUGGGGAAGUAGGUCGUGCUGGUCCACCUGGAGAUCCAGGAAAAAGAGGACCACCAGGGCUACCAGGACCUCCAGGUCCUCCAGGAACAAUUGGCCUGCAAGAUGGCGACGUGUUGUGUCCCAGUGCUUGUCCUCCUGGCCGUCCAGGACAUGCUGGCUUAAUGGGUAUGAAGGGGCAAAAAGGCUCAAAAGGAGAGUCUGGUGAACCAGGAAAACAAGGUUAUAAGGGUGAAGAAGGGGACCAAGGACCCAGUGGUGAAGUGGGAGCUCAAGGCCCUCCAGGCAUUCUAGGCAUCAGAGGUAUAACUGGUAUAACGGGACCCAAAGGUACUAAAGGAGCUCGUGGUCUUGAUGGUGAUCCUGGUCCCCAAGGUCUUCCUGGUGCACCUGGGGAUCAAGGACAGAGAGGUCCACUAGGAGAGGCAGGUCCAAAGGGAGAAAGGGGUCCUCAAGGUACAAGAGGAAUAAACGGCCUACCUGGGCCUAAAGGAGAGCCUGGUUUACCAGGAGUUGAUGGCCGUGAAGGGAUCCCUGGAAUGCCUGGAGCUAAAGGUGAACCGGGGAAACCUGGAGCUCCAGGUGAUACAGGGCUCCAGGGACUGCCAGGUUUCCCAGGCUCUCCAGGUAUGAAAGGCAUUCCUGGCCCAAAGGGUAAUAGAGGUCCUCCUGGGGUGCCAGGGUUAAUGGGAAAUCCUGGUAAACAGGGUCAACAAGGCCCAGAGGGAGAAGCAGGUCCAACAGGACCCCGGGGACCACCAGGUAGCAGAGGGGAGACAGGUCCUGCAGGUCCUCCAGGUUUACCAGGGAAGUUGGGUCCCCAGGGUAAUAUUGGACUUCCUGGACUGCCUGGUCCUCCAGGCCUUCCUGGUGGUAAAGGUGACCGGGGCUCGGUGGGUGAACCAGGACCUAAGGGUGAACAAGGUGCACCUGGAGCAGAAGGAGAUGGAGGAGAAAAGGGUGACUUAGGUGACGUGGGAUUACCAGGAGCAAAGGGAGCUGUUGGUAAUCCUGGAGACCCCGGUUCCCGUGGGCCUGAGGGAAGUCGGGGACUGCCUGGCAUGGAAGGGCCACGAGGCUUACCUGGACCACGAGGCUUGCAGGGUGAGCAGGGUGCCCCAGGCCUGCCUGGCAGUGAAGGUCCAGCUGGAAAAGAACCUAGCGAUCAGCACAUUAAACAGGUUUGCAUGAGAGUCAUGCAAGAACAAUUAGCUCAGCUGGCAGCCAGCCUUAGGAGGCCAGAAUUUGGUGCUCCAGGUCUUCCUGGCCGACCAGGGCCACCAGGUGCUCCAGGACCUGCUGGUGAAAAUGGUUUCCCAGGACAGCUUGGCCCCCGUGGCCUGCCUGGCCUUAAAGGUCCCCCUGGUGAGAUUGGUCGUAAAGGUCCUAAAGGUGAACAAGGAGAAAGAGGAGAAAGAGGAUUUCCAGGCAGAGGACUGAAAGGUUAUCCUGGACCAAGAGGUCUCCCAGGUGAACCAGGCAAAGCCAGCUAUGGCAGGGAAGGCCGUGACGGUGACCGAGGUCCCCCUGGGGUGGCCGGGCAGCCUGGGGUUCCUGGGCCCCCCGGCCCUCCCGGCCCUCCCGGCUACUGCGAGCCAGCGUCCUGCAGGAUGCAGGCGGGACAGAGAGCAGGGAAGAACAUGAAAGGGCCCUGAGAGUGCCACCCUGUGUCGGCAUCCAUUUACAUCCUGCACAGACAGCUGAGGACAAAAUAACCAGCCAAGGAGAAAUGCAGACACGGACAAACCUUUCAACCAAGGCUUCAGUAAGGUAUUUUUAACACAGUGGUUGUUCAUUUUUCCAAAAGGGGUACUUAGCAACACAAGCUGGAACAAUGGUGCUUACAGAAAUACCCAGGUGCUGCCUUCUACCUUCUCCUAUUGGAGGGGAAUAAAAGGUACAUGUCUGUUUUUAUUUUUGAUUUUGUUUAAUAAAGAGUUUGUGUGAUUUUUCCUCCUUCCUUACUUAAUUUCUGUGUAUGAUGUGUACAGUGAAAUAAUGUCUUCAGCCACCAAAUAAAAAAAGAUAGUUUUAUUUACUGCAGCUGUAGCUAUUCUUUCAUACUUAUAAAAUAAAUUCUAGCAUAUACCCUUCAUGCACAGUCAUUUCAUCGAAUGUGUGUCUUGCACAGAAUAUACUAAACUUCCUUCAGCUCUUCAAUUCCACCACAGAAACCCAAGUGGGAGGUUCCUAUGAAGCCCUCCCAGCACUGUUUUUGCUGCCAAUAUCUGUAAAGGUACAAUCACAAGGUUGUUGUGAAUAACCCAUGUGGCAUAACCUCUUUAUUUUUGACUCCACCUUGUGUUGCAUUUGUCAUUCCAUAUGAAGCCCGUUGCAGCUUGCCUUGUUAUAAGUGACAUUAAAAUAAAAGGCUAGUAGCCACUGUCAACAGAAUUUUAAGUCCUAGAAAUAUGUGUUUCCUAUAAAAGAUUAAAAAACCCCAAAUUAUUAAAUAAUUUUUUUAAUGUAUGGUUGCAUUCAGUAUUGAUAGCCAGAACAGCCAGAAGGCAGCCAUUAGAUGGUCCAAGUUGCCUUUUUUAGAUACUCCGUUUUUAGAGGAAAAUGUGCAAUGUGAAUGUUCUGUUCCUCUCUUUCUGUAUAAAUUAAACUAUUUGUGGUUUGA